AUGCAGAACAUGUCAUCUGAAUAACAUGCCAUGAUUUUGGAGAAAAAUUUGAAUUCUUAGAGAGAGAUUUAAAGCAUGAUGAGUGGGCUAAACUACACCAAGAAGCUAAAGAAUUAAGCCAUGAAUCUUGAUAAUUAAACAGAUAAGUUGAGAGAAAUAAGUGCAUAAAUGAGAAAUAGAGAUUUGAUUUCUAUUAGUACAACACUGCAGCAUAAUAAUGACGAUGAAGAUAAUAAAAAAUAUUAAGAUGAAAAAUCUGAUGAAGAUAUCAUUAUCAAGUCAUCAAGUAACUUUAGCUUUAAUGUUUAUAAAGAAGAAUAGGGUUAGAAGAAUGCUAAUGAGAAUUCAAAUAAAAAAGCUGUAAAUGCGAAGUAGACCGAGGAUAAAUAAUCAGUGAUAAUCAAUCCAAAGAAGAAGAGAUAUAGACUCAUAAAAGAGACUAAGAAAGUGUCAAAUUAUGCUUUGGAUGAUAUAUAAUAAAGUUAGAUACUAACUGAAUUAAGAUUGCUUUAGACAUUCAGCACUGAAACUAUAUACGAUUUAAUAUUCCUACAUCUGCAACAAAAAUACAUAGGUUUGAGCUUUUUGGAGAAAGAAUAAAUAGUAUUUAACUAUCUUUAAGAUAACUAAAAAUUCUUCAUUGAGUGUACAGAUCUAAUAGAUAAGAUUGAUCAUGAAUAAAGCUUGAAGGAUCUAAAGUUAGAAGUUAAAAAGCAGGGUAUAAUCAUGAAGGAUAAAUAGAGAGUAGUUAGUUUAUCAGGAAACUGCAGUCAUACUGAUAAGCUUUGA